AUGCCCACCCAGUCAAAUAAACAAGCAAACUUAGACGUCACCUUGCUGUCGCCUUCCUCGUCCGAAAUCGCUCAACCACAGAUGAGGAAUCUCAACGACAGUCACAAAGCUGCCAUCGAGGCCAACCUGGCAUUAUUGCAAAAUGACGUGGACGGCAACAUUGGCCGGCAAAAAGCCAAAACGCUUUCUGAAAGCAUUAAGUACUUGCUAGGAAACAAAAGUCUUCGCAAUAUACUACUGGCAUACCUCGCCUUUGACGCAGGGCCGUACAAGUUCAACAAAGACACAAGACAGAAGAAGACUGGCCAGCUUACCGUACAGAACUUGAGGCACCAUUUCCAACAUCCCAUCACACUUGACGGCUCUAGCAAAGAAUGGGUUUCUCGACAGUUCGAAGCAAUUAGCCACGAUGUCAAACCUGACGAGGACUUGAUAUCCGCGUGGCUCAGAACGAUGACGCCCGGGGAAGAAACGUUGUUUGACGUCCUCAAGAACCUAAAAGACGGCAUGCAGAUUGGCGUUUGUCAAAAAGUCCUAGAAUCUCAGAUUACCAAGCUUGGGCUCGUCGAUUUGCACAGCAAGCCGAAAUUGUCGGCCGGCUGGGACGGACAUACCCCUCGUUUGAUCCGUGACGGUGCCGAUCUGUUCUUCCCAGAUAUAGAGAGCACGCCACAGGAUGACGAUUUCGCCCAGAGACUGGUGGAUAUAACGACAGGCAUGGCCAAAAACCGAGGGAAGAAGUCUGAAGUACGAUUUGCGGCCUACAGACUGGAGCCUGAAGCCAAUAGCAGUGAAAAGCUGAGGAUUGAAGGGACUGGAAGUGGCUGGCUUCAUGAGGCCUUCAACCAAUGCAGAAGCACACCAGCACCAAACCAGCCUCGAACCGUGGUGAUCGAUGCAAUCUGGCCCGGUUCGAUGUUGCGAAUGCCCGAAUUCGUGGUCAAGGAGGCUUUAACAUUGACAGGUGGAGGCGUGAGCCCAAAUAUGACGCCGAGGUUGGUUCUCGCCCCUACUUCCAGCUUCACAGACGUUCACAUCGACGGCGGAUCCCACGGCCUUGCCGUCAUGGCCCCAGGUGUGUCCAAGCUUUGGGGUUUGUGGCCAGGCACCGAGAAAAACAUCAGCACAUUGUCAAGGCUGAAAUGUGAAGCGGCGGCGAAAGCGCUUGAAAAAGGAGCCACGGAUGCGGAUUUCGUAUUGCCACAAGCUAUCGAAGAACUAGACGACGGGAUCUGGGUUGUCACUAACUCCCUAGAUCUUCUUCACAUGCGCCCCGGCACCAUCCACACCGUCUACACCAUGAAUGGAGGCAUCCUCGCUGGAUGCAACUUUGUUUCCGCAGAUGAUGUGAUGGCUACGGCUCGUGCGGUCGAUACGGUUUGGAGCGAAAAUGAGGCUAGGGGGAAGCAGAACAAAGACGACGAAUUUGGAUACUUUGUACAGGCUUUGGAGUUGUAUUUGGAGCGUGAGGGUCUGGAUAACGCAGAGAAUUCCCAAUCUGCCCAGAAUGCAUGCACGCAACUAUGCAAACGCGCCGCUCGCAUGCAACAGGUCAUACCACGCAAUUUCGAAAACAUAAGGGCUGUAGUGUUAGCGGGGAAAGAAGUUGAGGUGGAGAGCAAGCGAUACGAACGAGUGGUUCGGAGGCCGAAAGCGCCGAAAGCGCCGAGGGUGUGUAGGUCAUGUAUUAGGCCAUGGAAAGAGCACAAACAAAACGAUGCAAUAUAA